CCAUCUCGCGGUGAAAUUUCCCAUUAUACAGCACAAGCAGACGACUUUCUAAUGAAACGAAAGUGUGUUUACAACGCGAUUCAAAACACAGGAUGGACUCCACCGAAAAUUCUGAAGGCGUCGGGUGUUCUCCACAAGCUGAAAUGACGCCCACUGCUGAGACAAUCGAGCAGGCUAUGGACUAUGACGCUUUGUAUGAUCGUGUUAACUUGAAAAGUGAGCUACUUGAAAAUCGCUCUGCUCCUCUUACUGACGUCCAGCAUGAGUCACUAGUCCCAGAAUUGAGAAUCUACCAAACAAAAGCUGUUAACUGGAUGCUGAAGCAGGAACGUCAUAGUAGUGUGAAGGGUGGAAUCUUGGCUGAUGAAAUGGGUCUUGGGAAGACAGUAGAAGUACUUGCCCUGAUUCUAAAUAAUGCAAGAGAAAAGCUUCCAGAUAUUGAAUACCAAGAACCCUUUACUGAUGUAAAAACAGUUCCCCAGUCUGAAGCCAAAAGAGUGAAAAUUGAAGAUCAAUGUACGAAAUGUGCAAACCGAACCAUUGGCCAAACAAUUGAAAAUGUCAUUUGGAGAUUCAGUCCCGACAAUGAAAAGUCCACAAUCCAGAAAGUGAUUGACCUUCACUGCGGUGACCUACAAAAUGAAAACCCAAAAGUCACAAGGAAAAAAAUGCGAUGCUGCCUUUGCCCUAAACAAACCAUUCGCGAAAGGCUUAAUAACCAUUACAACGAUGCUCUUGCAGAAUUCAGCUGUCUAAAGAGCCUACAGAGACGCUCAGAUGCGGUAAACGAAGACAAUAUUACUAAAAUUCUUUGCGUUUGCGGUAAAACGGAAGCCGGAAUUAACCCAUUGGUCCAGUGCCCGAAAUGCAAGACACAGCAGCACAGCAAUUGCGUCCAUUAUGAUCUGACGGCUCCUCUGCGCGGACCCUAUCUUUGUCCUCAAUGCUGGGCUGAACAGGAACCCAUUGAAUCCUGUGCCACUUUAAUCAUCACGCCAUCAACGAUCUGUACCCAAUGGGUCGAAGAAAUCAAACGACACGUUCGCGAUCGUUUUCGAAUUCUCGUUUAUCAAGGUGUUCACGGACAGGGCUAUCAUCAGCCAGUCCAAUUGGCCCGAGGCUACGACGUCAUCAUCACCACUUACGAAACGCUCCGUAAAGAGCUCUACUUUGCCGAGGUGAAGACGGGCGAGAAACGGACCAGACGCAAAGCGGCGACUUACAUGGCCCCACCGUCGCCUCUCCUCUCUGUCCGUUUCUGGCGUCUCUGUCUCGACGAAGCUCAGAUGGUCGAAGGUUCGGCGACCCGAGCGGCCGAAAUGGCCCGCAAAUUCCGCACAAUCCACCGCUGGUGCGUCACGGGCACUCCCAUCCAGAAAUCCGUCCAAGACCUUCACGGCCUCUUCAUGUUUUUGGACAUUGAAGUCGAUCGGCGAGUCCUUUUCGAUCCAGUUGGCCUCGUUGAUGUUUUGGCGCCCAUUUUCUGGCGUACCAGGAAAAGCGCAGUGACGGAGCAGAUCCAGCUGCCAGAACAAACAGAAGAAACCCAUUGGCUCUCAUUUUCUGCCGUCGAACAGCAUUUUUACCAACAGCAACAAGCCCAAUGUGCUCAGGACGCAACGAUCCGAUUCCUUAAAUUCAGCGGAGAUCUCAAAACCAAAAUAAGCAGCCUCGAUCCGCACACUCUCAAAGUCCUCCUCUUCCCUCUGCUGAGACUCCGCCAGGCCUGCGUCCAUCCGCAAAUGGUCCGCGGACAGUUCCUGACGCUCCGGCCGCAGACCAAGACGCUGACGAUGGAAGAGCUGCUCGUCACUUUGAUCAAACGUGCCCAGCUGGAAUGUGAAGAGAGCCAGAGAUUGAGGGUGUCGGCGGCCAACGGCCAGGCCGCUCUUCACGUCAUUAAAGAACAAUGGGCCCAAGCGGCCGAAAAGUACCGCGACGUCAUAAGGUGGGCGGAAGAGAUAAAAGAUUCCGUCAAGACAGAUACGCUUCAGCGAUUGCACACGUUCCAUAAUUUGGCCGAAAUCAUUCGGACGGCCUCUCCCGGUGCCAUUCCGCCCACACUACGUGAUGGCCAACUGCAAGAGGAAGCCGAUCAAUUGAAAAAACAUUAUCUUGGCCGGGCGUUGGCCCAAGUGGAGAGCGCGCGUGCGACCUUGGCCACCCUGACGCUGAAGGUCACCGGCUUCAAAACCGAACUGGAAGUGAUUCAAGUGGAAAUGGAUGAAAUAUGGUGGACAGCAUUGAUCCAGUGGUCGGCCGAUAUGCAAAUAUCAGACAAACUGGUGGAGGAAGUGAAAGAUAAAUUAACCGACGAAGCUCAUAACAGCAAAAUGACGUCCCAAUUCAGCGGAUUCAACAGUGUCAACGCGUUGAAGUUCUUGUUGUUUUCGAGAUUGGAAGAAUUGGAAGAGCAACGCAAAGGAGUCACUCAGCAAAUGCGUUCGCUGGAAGUGACAUCGAUCGAACGUCUGUCACAAGACGCGGCCGAUUGUCAUUUGAGGCCGUUGCAGGGCCGUCGCAAGAAGGAUCGUUGUCCUAUUUGCAUCGUUCACGAUCAGAUAGAAGAUUACGAAUCGCUUCUCUUCCGCAUGGCAGAUCGGAAGAAUCAGGAAGACGAAUGGGAUAACGUCGAUGAGGACGGACCGGCCGUCCUGGAAGCGCUGCGUCGUGGCACGUGGGCCGAUAGCGAAGCCGAGCGAAUUCUCAAGCACAUGCUUCAAUUUGCGAGGAAGCAUUCGGCUCCUCAAGCCGUCCAAGAUGGUGGAUCCGUCCAUCUGAAAUUGCUGGACGCUUGCAAAAAGGAAUUCCGGCAAAUCCGCGUCGUUUGGCGUCAGUUGAACGAUCAGGCCUCGGCAGUUGAUGAGCUGAGCAUGGCUACAUUGCGACUACGCCUCCGGCUUCCACACGAACUCCCGCAGCCGAAACCCACCGUUCAAAUGCUGGACAACAAGAAUGCUAACCAAGUGAUGCCCAUUUAUCUGCUGGAACCGCACGAUGUCGACAUCCAGUACGCCAAGUUAAAUGGGGAUCUAACGGUGGCUGGCCAAGCAUUGACGGCACAGGGACACGUUUUGUACCUGAAGAAUCUGGAAAUGGCAGGUUUUGGAAAGACGGGCAAUCAGAAUCCCGACCCUUGCCCGGUUUGCCAAACACAGUUGGGUGAGAAAUGGAGCGUCCUCGUUUGUGGCCACUCGUUUUGCAUGGACUGCAUCCAGCUGCUCAUUAGCCAAAGUCACAGCAAACUGACGAAGAAAUUGAAAUGCGCUAUUUGUCGUGAUACAACGGCUCUAUUCGAAAUCGCUUACGUUGACGCACAAGCUGAUGCAUCCGAAAAUCCUUCACGUGCUUCUGUCCAAGUCAAAGGUUCCCAUUCUACCAAAGUGCAAGCCGUUGUCCAGCAGCUUUUAUUGAUCAAGAAAGACGAUCCUUCCGCCAAAUGCCUCGUCUUUUCCACCUGGGUCGACGUGUUGCUGAUCGUAGGCCGGGCGUUAGACGAAAAUGAUAUUUCGUAUUGUUCCUUAUUUUCAAACAAUUCGCAAGUGCAGCUGAAUAGGUUCAAACGUGAUCCUACUGUCACUGUUCUACUCAUUCCAGUCCAAUCGGGCGCCAAUGGUCUCAAUCUUAUCGAAGCUACCCAUGUCCUCCUCAUGGAGCCCAUUUUGAAUCCCGGAAGCGAACUCCAGGCGAUCGGACGUGUCCAUCGUAUUGGACAAACUAAACCCACCGUCGUCCACAGAUUCCUCGUGAAACAUACGAUUGAAGAGAAAAUGGCCCUGAUGUUGGAUAAGCACCGAUCUGCGCUAACGUCAAAGAGUUCCAUUAGUGUCAAAGAGAAUCCCGUUACAUUGGCCGAUUUGAAAGAUUUGUUCAACGACCACACAGAGUAACAUCCCUUUCCCUUUUUUCUAUUAUUAUUAUUUUUAUUAUAAUUGUUUUAAUCUUUGUUCGAGAAUUUUCGUUUUAUUCGAAGUGUACCCCAUCGAUUUCAUACAUUAUUUCCAUUUGUUUCUAGACAA